UUUAUUUUCGAGCUUAUUUUCAAAGAAACCCCAAAUCCAAGGGCACUACUCUAUCAAUAUGUUUCAUUUUCUCUCUCAUUUCAGUAUCAAAUAUCAAUAUAACUUAAUAUUGGCAUUAUUAUCUUUAAAAACUGUCGUUUUGUUCCAACUUUUCUCAUGUACUAAAAGUGUAGAAAGUUUCCAUUUUUUUCACUCUUUUAAGUGUCAAACAAGAUCUACUAGUACCCUUUUUCUCCUCAUUUUUGUGAACUUAAUCUUUUUUCAUAGUUGGGUUGUCAAAACUGUUUGAUUUAUUUGUAACGAAAACGAUUUCUUAUUACGAUUCAUGUUAGCCGACCCAAAAAUAAUGUGGGACUAAUGUGGUGCUGUUGUUAAAAGUUGCUAGUUUAUGAGAGUGUGUUUUUUUUUUAGCAAUGUUUCUGUUUUUGGUUUUGGUUUUCUGGGUUUUUGAUGUGGUUGGAGCUGCUGAUAGUCUUCUCUCUCCUAAGGGUGUUAACUAUGAAGUUGCUGCAUUAAUGUCAUUAAAGAACAAGAUGAGAGAUGAUAAGUACCAUGUUCUUGAUGGGUGGGAUAUAAAUUCAGUUGAUCCUUGUACUUGGUAUAUGGUUGCUUGUUCUGCUGAGGCUUCUGUUAUUUCUCUUGAUAUGGCUAGUAUGGGCUUGUCAGGAACCCUAUCUCCUAGUAUUGGAAAUUUGACUCACCUUCGCUCAAUUUCAAUGCAGAACAAUCAGUUAUCUGGACCAAUUCCUGACGAGAUUGGCAAGCUUCAAGAGCUUCAAACUCUGGACCUCUCAGGUAACCAGUUUAGUGGUGAGAUUCCUGGUUCGAUUGGUAACCUCGGCCAUCUAAGCUACUUGAAACUGAGUAGAAAUAAAUUGUCUGGACAGAUUCCUGAACAUGUUGCAAAUCUUACAGGUCUUUCAUUCUUGGAUUUGUCGUUUAACAAUCUUACUGGUCCUACACCAAAGAUUUUAGCGAAAGCAUACAGUGUGACAGGGAACACUUUUCUUUGCUCUUCAACAUCUUCACAUGUUUGCAUAGAUAGCAAGAAGCCUGUAAAUGACACAACUAUUCCAAAAGCAAGUCAUCGCCGUCGAUGGGAAGUUCCAGUAGCUGUUGGUGUUGGCUGCACAUUUGUGGUUUCUAUAUUGCUGGUAAUUGGAUGGGCUCACUACUACAAGUCCCAUCUUCUGACAUCAUAUGUGCAGCAAGAUUAUGAAUUUAGUAAUGGUCAUGUGAAGAGAUUCUCUUUUCGUGAACUUCAAGUAGCUACAGGAAACUUCAAUGCCAAAAACAUACUAGGAAAAGGUGGUUUUGGGAUUGUGUAUAAGGGUUGUUUACCAAACAAGACUAUGGUGGCAGUCAAAAGGCUGAAAGACCCCAGUUUGACUGGUGAAGUGCAGUUUCAAACUGAGGUAGAGAUGAUUGGUUUAGCUCUACAUCGAAAUCUUCUACGUCUGUAUGGAUUUUGUAUGACACCUAAUGAGAGAUUGCUCGUGUAUCCUUACAUGCCAAAUGGGAGCGUUGCAGAUCGUUUGAGAGAUCCAUGUAGGGAUAGGCCUACUUUAGAUUGGAGCAAGCGCUUGCAUAUUGCUCAGGGGGCUGCUCGUGGUCUCUUGUACUUACAUGAGCAGUGUAAUCCAAAAAUUCUUCAUAGGGAUGUGAAAGCUGCUAACAUCUUGCUUGAUGGGAGCUUUGAAGCUGUAGUGGGAGAUUUUGGCCUUGCAAAGCUCUUAGACAGGAGAGAUUCUCAUGUUACUACCGCUGUGCGCGGCACACUUGGUCAUAUUGCUCCUGAGUAUCUUUCUACUGGGCAAUCCUCAGAGAAAACUGAUGUUUUCGGAUUUGGCGUUCUACUUUUGGAACUCAUCACGGGACAAAAGACAGUAGAUGCUGGCAAAGGUCAGACUCAGAAGGGAAUGAUGCUUGAAUGGGUGAGGGGAUUGAACGAAGAAAAAAAGUUGGACAUGCUUGUGGACAGAGAUCUGAAGGGCUUUUACGAUGCUGAUGAGUUAGAAAAGAUGGUGGAAUUGGCUCUUCGGUGCACUCAAGCUAGUCCUAUCCUGAGACCAAAAAUGUCAGAAGUUUUGAAUGUUUUAGAAGUUAUUGCUGGGCAGUCCGGAAUCGGAGAAGAAAUGCAUGCCAGAAACUCAAUUCCUGAAGAAAGAUAUUGUACUAGUGUCUCUAGGCAAUACAGUGAUGUUCACGAAGAACAUUCCUUUGUAUUUGAAGAUAUGGAGUUAUCUGGACCAAGAUGACUCCAUGUAAUUAUUACCUGAAUCACUGUGUCUGUCCAAAGUUUUGUAAAGCACUUUUUGUUUCUAAAAAUUUUCCAUUCUGUUUCAACUGUAAAAAUAAUUCUCCCAAAUACAGGUUAGAUACAAUAUUACCAUGA